AUGGGUAGCAAAGCUCUACUCAAAGAGGCUCGUCAGGCGCUCGAUCUCGGGGAAAGCGACAGGGCCAUCGAAUCAUGCGAGAGUGUUCUCCGGGAAGAACCAGACCACUUCACGGCACUCUUGAUACUGGGUGCUGCCGCAACAGCGGCUACCCAUGCAGAUCUCUCUAAGAAAGCGUUGAAAGCACUUGUACGCGCAGCUGAAGUCAAACCAGAUCAAGAAGCUCCAUGGCAGGGACUGCUUCGCUUAUUCCGGAAAUACCCUGGUCUUGAUGACGAGCUAUAUCUGAAGGCGCUGGAUAAAGCCUUAGAGUUCAACUUCAACGCGAAGAAUCGUGUCCUGCUGAAUAUAGAGAAAGCCGAAUUGACCAAUGACUGGACCCUAUUACGCGAAUGUGUGGAGGAAGCGGAUACCGACAGCAUGGUUCAGCAGAGAUCAGCAAGGGCGGCAGCUUCGUUGGUUCAGAGGGAUUGCCUCAAAACGGACUUGGAGGUUUUGAGGAAAAUCUCGUUCCUACCGGGGAUCGAAGAUGAUACGAGGAAAAACCUCUUCCUCGAAUAUUUCGCUAGGCUGGAGGCUUCCGAGUGUGCAACUGAAUUCGCGGUUGCGAGAACUUUGAUCUCGGAGGCGCAUCAGAACGAGCUGAGCGUGCACAUCUUCAUAAAAUCCGGCCUGGCUGUCAUCGCUUUGAAGGAUCUCGCGGAGCUAUUCGAUGCGAACCCAAACUCUUCGAUGGAAUUCGCAACCGCCAAGGCUAAACUUUCACUGCUGUGUGGAGACGUUUCGAAGUUGGAGGCAGCUUGCCAAACAAUAAUCAAAACGAAUCCUCAGAACUUCGAAGUCUGGAAGAUGCUUCUCACCGGCCUCCUGGAGGCGGGUCGCUUCCGGGACGUGGAGACUCACAGCAAAGUGGCCUUGAAGAACUGUAAAUCAAACGCCGCGGAUAUUCUUACCAUCUUGGCUCGAGCUUUGUACGAGCAAGACAGACAUCGGGAAGCUCUCAUUCUGUUCGCGAAGGCGGAAACCUUGGGAGCUCCACGUGACAACUCAUUACGGCUUCGGAGCCUGAUCGAGUCCGGACGGGCUGCUGAUGCUCUGAAGGAGUCGCUUGGAAUCAACGACAAGAUGUGGGCUCUGAGAGCUCGUAUGGCUUUGAAUGAAGAUCUAAGCCUCUCCAAUGCGGAGCUGAGCGAGGUCGGAAUGCCGACUGCUGCUUCUUAUCUGCUGUUCAAAAAACGCCACAAUGACGCGCUGAAAAUCGCUUCGGCCGCUCUUGGCCAAAACCCGAAAAACACGGAGGUCCUGACGCUCCUUGGAGAGAUAUACUUGCAAUCGGGACACCCAGAGAAUGCUUCGAAAUGUUUACAGCAGAGCUUCGUCCUGAACCGAAACUCAUCCCGGACUGGGAAAGCCUUGAGUCGCGCGCUGCGAGCUCUGAAGAGACACGACGAGAAUCGGGUUCUACUGGAAUCAAUCACAUCUGACGGGGUCAUCCACGAUGGGAAUCAUUGGGCGUUCGCCGAGCUGGGCAUCCAUUAUUUAGAGAUAGGGACCCCGUCGAAUGCUGUUGCGCUCCUCCAGAAGCUCGCCUCCUUCAAACCAUCGUCUUUCAAUUGGGAACUUCUAGCGGAGGCUUAUGCCUCUCGCAAAAGUUUAGCAGCCGCCGUCCUCUGUUAUCGGAAAAGCAUCGAGACGGGAACGGUCCGAGAAGCUUUCAUAACUUACCGAUUGGCGUGCGUGACUCGAGAUCAGGAGCAAUACGAGGAGGCCAUAUCACUCUUUGAAUCCGCUCUGGAAAUGGAUCCGAAUUUGAUCAUCAGCGCCCACGAUUUGGGUCAAUGUUGUCUACUGCUAGCCGGUAUCCGUCUGAGGGAGGUUCUUUUGGAGCCAGCGUCACUUCUGCUCAAUAAGGCUCUUCUGAGUGCAGCCACGUCGAUUUGUUCCGGGCGCAGCGAUCUCGUUAGCCUUUGGAGCCUACUCGGGGACGUUCUGCUUACGGCGAGAGUCCAUAACCUCAAGAUUCGCGCCCCCGUCGACAUGAAAUCGCGCACCUUGUUCGGUCUAUCAGAGGGGGACGUUGACAUCAAAGAUAUGCAACUUGUUUCGCUCGCCGAAAACACUUACCUGCGUUGCAUCUCCCUAAAUCCCAAUCUCGGCAGUGUGUGGCACAACCUGGCAUUGGUAUACGUCUACAAGCACCAGUUCGAUCGCGGGAUUACUUGCUUGAAACGUGCGAUAAAGCUCGACGCGAAGAACCCAAACCUUUGGAACGCGUUGGGCGUCGUCUCCAUUCGAGCUGGGAGCUCAGUGCAAGUAUGCCAAUCGGCCUUCAUUCGAGCCCUCAACAUCGAUCCGGAUCAUGCGCCCUCCUGGGCCAACCUUGGAUUCCUCUACAUCAAGAAAAAUCUCCUUAAAGAAGCCAAUCAGUGUUUCUCGAAGGCCCAGGCCGCCGAUCCACUCUACGUAGAAUGUUGGCUCGGUCAGGCUACGCUGGCCGCUACCGUCGGCCAUUUCGACGCCUGCGACUUAUACAGACAUUCUAACGUGGUGAAACCAACUAUCCACGCAAUAAUAUGUAAUCUCGCGAUGCAAGGUCAGGCUACAGAGGAGCUCUUGUUUGCUUGCGAACGGGCCCUGCAUUGCAAGAAGGAGCAUCCGGCUUGCGCGGCUAUAGGCUACGUGCUCCUUUCUCACGGACUGACGGUCGAAGCGCGACGGGUUAUCUCUCGGUGUCAGAACCCCGAAUGCAAAGUUAUGUUCGCCCAGGCCCUCCUGAGAGACGGCGGAAUCGAUGAAGCUUCUUCGAUUUGUUCUGGAGAUCUACCUGGCCCUGAAAAACAACGAUUGAGAGCUUACAUCGCCCUAGAAUCUCAUCGACGUGAGGAAGCUGUGGAGCUAGAACCAAAACUAAAGGAAGUUCUAUAUAAAUCUGAGACGCUUCAGUAUUUGCCAAGGAUCUCAUCGACGACCACGUUUUCACAGGGAAGGAAGAAAAGCUUGCAGAAACAGCUGCGAAGAGAUCCCCGACAAGACGAUGCUUGGAGACGCUUAUCGGAGUGCCUCUUGGGAGAAGGGAAAUUUGAGACGUCCUUGCGGCUGACAGAGUUCAUAAAAACUUCUUAUCAGCGGGAGAGUCUCCGACUCAUCGUAGUGGCGGCCUUGAUGGCCGGCAGGAAAAGGAAUGCUUAUCGAGCAGCGUCGAAACUAGUGAGACAAUUCCCCGACAGAGUAGAGCACUGGCUGCUCUUCAAGUGGGCUUGUUUAUCGAUAGAGAAGCGGAACGUCAUAAUCAUGAUGCAAGACUCACCGACAGGUUUUUGGGUUGAUCUGUACGACAACGUCAAGGAUCUCGAUAACGUUCUGAGCAAAGGUGGGCCCUCGAAAUUCGCUCCUAGCAAAGCGAAUAAAGCCUCGGAGGUCUGCUCGAAGCUCCUAUUUCUGAUGGAGGAGAAGAAAAUCGACAAAACCUUCUUAUCGAAGGCGACCUCUCUACUCAAGACGGAUCACCGCUCAGAAGCAGGACUCUUCUUGACAGGAAUGUGGGCUCUGGCGAAUGAUUCGGAGGAUCUCUACGGCCGCUGUCUGAAGGGGCUUCCCGCGACGAGUUCCCUCGGGAAACUUCUCGAGAGCCAACAUGCCGCCAUCGCACUCGGAUCUCAUACCAAGAGCAGUCCCCAUUGA